AACGUAAGAGCUUUUCUUCCUCUCUGAACUUUGCUUCCUUCUUUCCUGCAUGUUACCACUGGCAAAGCAAAUAUGACUCAGAAACCGGCUCCUCAGGGUUGUAACAUUAGAUGAUACAGGCUUGGGUCAUUACACAUGACACAAGUGCCUUUGUUUCAUUGCGCUGGGCUCUCUGGAAGGUGUGCUGCUGCCUGAGCUGCUAGAAAAGCACUCACAGGUAUUUUCUAGAAAACCAUUCCUGAAGCUUGCCACCAGCUUGGACUUCUAGGGACCUUCCUCUCAGCCAGGAAGGAUUUUGAUAUUCAAUAGAAAUACCUCUGGAAGAUUCAAGGAGCUGUAGAGGUGAAGUAAGCCCGUGAAGGACCAGCAUGGGAAUCCUAUACUCUGAGCCCAUCUGCCAAGCAGCCUAUCAGAAUGACUUUGGACAAGUGUGGCGGUGGGUGAAGGAAGACAACAGCUACGCCAACGUUCAAGAUGGCUUUAAUGGAGACACUCCCCUGAUCUGUGCUUGCAGGCGAGGCCAUGUGAGAAUUGUUUCCUUCCUUUUAAGAAGAAAUGCUAAUGUCAACCUCAAAAACCAGAAAGAGAGAACCUGCUUGCAUUAUGCUGUGAAGAAAAAAUUUACGUUCAUUGAUUAUCUACUUAUUAUACUCUUAAUGCCUGUUCUGCUCAUUGGCUAUUUCCUCAUGGUAUCAAAGACAAAGCAGAAUGAGGCUCUUGUACGAAUGCUACUUAAUGCUGGCGUUGAAGUUAAUGCUACAGACUGUUACGGCUGUACCGCGUUACAUUAUGCCUGUGAGAUGAAAAACCAGCCCCCUCUGCUCCUGGAAGCCCAUGCAGACCCCACAAUAAAGAAUAAGCAUGGUGAGAGCUCACUGGAUAUUGCACGGAGAUUGAAAUUUUCCCAGAUUGAAUUAAUGCUAAGGAAAGCAUCGUAAUCCUUGUGACCAUGCCGAUGGAGAUAUAGACAAAGUUAAAAACUGGAUUCUACCUUCACUUUAGACUGUUGGUCCAUGGGCCACCUGGCUGCCACCAUUUUAUGGGGAUAAUGAUGAUUCUCUUGGUUAAUGUUUUGGAAGAGCUUUUUAUUUACAGCAUUGUUUUCUCAAUCAAGGUCACCAUGGCCAUAAUCCCUCUAAGUGAAACACUAAAGUUGUUGCUGUCUCUACUUCAGUCAGAAACUGAUGUAACAGCUAGGCACAGUAGUACAUGCCUGUAAUCCCAGCUACUUGGGAGGCUGAGGUGGGAGGAUCACUUGAACUCAGGAGUUUGACAGCAGCCUGGGCAACAGUGAGACCCUGUCUCAAAAAAAAAAAAAAAAAAAAAACCCUCAUGUUGGAAAUGCAGUCUUUCCUGAAGAAGAGUAUCAAAGUUAUCUUCUGAGACAGUGUUCUCUCUUUCUAGUUGCGUCACUCUUAUAAAAAGACUGUCCAGUGUGUCAUGCCCUAGUAGAUAAACUGUUCCUCUCGGCGCCGUCUGAGUACUGAGCCGAAGAAUCAAAGUAUUAAAUAUGUAAAUUUGUAUAGAAUGCUAUGUGUAUGUGUGUGGGCUUAGAGAUUCACAUGUAAAUAUUCCUUUGAUGAAACAACUCCAAUAAAAACAUCAAGUGUCAGUGGUGAGCAUGUUUACACCACAGAAAUUGGCAAAUUGAUGAAUCCAAGCUUUUUGUUUGUUUGUUUGUUUCCAGAAAGUUGGUUUACCAGCAUACCACUAGAGAUUUUCGUUUACAAAUAAAAGCCAUCUUGGUUUGAGCAAGACUAUGCAGCUAUGAAAAUGUUUGUUUAAAAAAAUCUUCAUGAUCUUUUUGUAUAUACAAGGUAAUUACCAAGCUUGUUAGCUUUGUUUAUUUUGUUGAUAAAUGUAAAAUAUUAUUGUAACUUAUUUGGGUAAAGUUCUUCACAAGGAACAGCUAUAUAAUGAGGUAGGAUCUGGAUUAUUUGUCUAAGUGAGAGAUUGUGAAUAUCAAAAUAUCUGUCUCACUUCCUCUGUGAAAUAGGCAGAGUAAAAAUAAAUUCAUUUUAAAAAUAUGAUUGAAUUUUGCAAAUCAAGAAUGAAUCUCAUGUAGCUUCAGACAGAGACUAAGCCAGCCACACUGUAUGUGGUAACAAGUACAGCCUAAGAAUGAAAGAUUUGCCAUCCUUGAAAGGUCUCAUGAAAAUCAAAUCCAGCAAUAUAUAUUGAGCUGUGUACAGGCCUUUAAGAAACCUAUUUUAUGAAGGAAGUAGAAGUGUGUAGAUCUAGAUUCUGAAGCCUUUAAAUGUAUCUUAAUAAAUUAAGAUUCACUGGCACUGAGCUGAGCUACCAAGUGAUCCUGAGGGACAGAAAAACCACACAAGUGAACUUCACGCACCAGUAUACUUUCAACAAUAUGCUUUUGACACACACUAAUUUUGGAUUUGGUUUCAGAGAUUUUUGCCAAUGUAAUUUGUAAUACCAAUGUAAUUUACAAUGGUCAUCUUUGAAAUUGUGUAAAAGUGGAAUAAUUUUCUGAAGAAAUAAUUCAUGGUUUGUGAAUGA